GUUGAGGGCCAGUGGAGCGGCGUCUGUGAGGAAUGGGCUGAGGAGCGGGCGCGGAUCAGUAGUGCGCGUGAGGAUUGGGAGGCGCGCGUGCGGGCUGCCGAGGAGGGGUUUGACGGCGCCGUCGCGAAGGUGGAUGCCGGGCUCGCGACGCUGCAGCAACACACCAGCUCAAGGCAAACGGGAACGCGCGCAACGGCGUCGGGCUCGUCACGCCUCCCAGUCCGCGCAGUAUCUCGUCUGACUCGGGCAAGCGUCAUCGGCGGAAACGGCCGGCGACCUCCCGGGGCUGAUCGCGUUCGCACUCGGCCGAUUGAAUAAGGACGACGGUGGGUACGCGAGCUCGUCCGAGGGCGCGACACUGCUCGAUGACAAGCACCAGUCAGUAUCCAAAGCACGCGCGCGCGUGCCUUGGGCGCAGGACGAUUCGGACUCGGACGUGCGUCACGCAAGCGACGAUGCGAGGAUCAUGUCCUUGAAGCACUAUCCCAUCACCCCAGAGUCGUCGGUCCGGAAGGCAUCGACAGGGUCCACGACGACGAUGAAGACGGAAGACGACGCCGCACACGCCUCGUCUGCCGCCGCCGCCAAUCUGAAGGGCGCACACCUGGCGCCAGUGAGCUUUAUUCUCUGCGUUUUCGUGCAUUCGCUCCCGGCACUGUGUCGACAGAUGGUUCAACAUUCAGCACAGAUGUCGACGACGGUGGGCGUGCUCAUGCUCAGCGUCGCCGCCUUGGCGGUGCUAUGGCGUAUCAAAGGAUAAUAGUUGCCGGGCAAAUCUCACGGUCCUUUUAUUAUGGUUCAAUCCCUGCGCACGUCUGGCUCAGUGGCGAUCCUGUCCCUCCUUUCUCCGCCCUCAUGCUCCUCACUGCUGCACCGGCUGUUCUGUUUCUGUCCUGCUGCCCUCCUGGCGUCUCUUGCCUCUUCUCGUCGCAUGUCGUUUCCUUCGUCGAUCUCACGCACGGCCAUUGCUACGAUCCCAUGCAACAUAAUCACUUCGUCGUGCCCUUGUUCACCCUUCCUCGUCCUGCUGAGACCCCGCCGUCCCUACACAGUCGCCAUGUCUCCACGCGCCCCCGCUCCUGCCUCACUUGUGCUCUACGUCUAUGUACGAAGCAUCGUAAAUAUCAUGCCACACGCACUUCAGUGCAUCGACGAGGAAGGUGAUUAGGACCUAGCGGCAAAGAGAUGAGCUAGGAAGAGGGAGACCGAGCAUUACCAAGUCCAUAUCGCCCUCGUGCUCAUGCGUGCACGCGCGAUUCCUCAACGCCACGCACCCGUCUUUGCUCGCGACCCAUAUCCGCGCCCGUGCGUCUCCUCAAGCCCAC